AUGUCGUUUCAAAAAGCUCUGGUAACAUACGCCCAGUUGCUUACUGUUGCUGAAAUUACUAAUGCUUGCUUUGAGCCUGCUAACCAGAUGGUAAAAUGUGAUCCUAGACAUGGCAAAUACAUGGCUUGCUGCCUUCUCUAUAGAGGUGAUGUAGUACCAAAAGACGUUAAUGCUGCUAUUGCUGCCAUCAAGACCAAACGCACUAUUCAGUUUGUUGAUUGGUGUCCAACUGGUUUCAAGGUUGGCAUUAACUAUCAACCCCCAACUGUUGUACCAGGAGGUGAUUUAGCGAAGGUUCAACGUGCUGUCUNAAAAUCUUGA